AUGAAAGGCUCCUUGAAAGAUGGGCCCGGCCGUUACUCUUCCGGUCGUCGGAAACCGCAGUCUCAGAAGAUCGCUCGCUCCGACGGGACCAACAAGCAAUUCCACAAGCUGGGGCUAAGCUACCGAGGCUGCGCCAAAUGCCGCGGUCACAAGCUGCGGGACUUGAAACAGAUCUCUUUUCCUGAGGUCUGUGCCUGGUCAGAGAAGCGCUGUCGGGACUGGCGUGGCUUGCACGCCAUGGCUUCUUCGGUCAGCGACGCGGCCGAGAAUGCUGGAGCUGUGGCAGCAGCAUGGCUGCUACUGGGCGUUCUUUCGUACUUCGCUGCCAAAAUCGUGCCUGCGGCGCCCAUCGACCUCGUGCCUUGUAUAGACUACAAGUAUGGGCACACCCUGUGCUUCUCGCUCCUGAGCGGAGGGGCUGGGCCGGACUGCCAAGGGCUGGUCCGGGGGAUGUACGUGUGGUCCACGCGCGUGCCGGUAGACGUAGCAGGAGCUUUUCAGCAGAUGCAGAACAACCUGGCCACUCGUUUCCCUGCCGGAGUGAUCGAGUUCGAUGGCAUGAGGGCAAGUUUUGCAUGCCUUUUGCUUCUCUGUGCUCCCACCCCUCUGCUCUCCGCACCCCGCACCUCUCGGCUGCAGCUUUGUUUCAGUUCCGUAGUCCAUGUUCAUGUCACCUUCAUCUUACAUGCCAUAUCCUUGGAAGUCGCAGAAGACUUUGUUCUGGCUUUGGGGGCUUCUCUGCUGACGGCACUUGACCUCUUUAUCCCGGACGGCAAUUUCAGACAGCACUGGCGAGCCUCCCAUCUGCUGCGAAUGCUUCGAGUCACCAUGUCCUGCUACGACAUACGUCGCACUUUGGGACCUCAGCAAAGUCAGCGCGAGCUGGACGUUCUCACUUUGUCUGCUCACGUUCUGGCCUGCGUGUAUGCCAGGGAGGACAGAGUUGUCACAGUUGGAGAUUGUCCUUUGCCGCCUCUUGUUCGUAUGCCCUUUCAUCAAACUUUCCGUUUGCAAGUGCGUGCAUGGGGCGGCGCUGCUUGGCGACCUCAACUAGAUGUCCUGCACCGGGAAGUGGCUCUGGUGUUGGAUGAAGUUUGGCAACGCCGUGCCAUCUUCGAGCACACGCAGGGCACGCUUCACCUCUUCUUGCCUUGGAGAGCUAUCUUAGAGGAUCUUUCUUUGCUUGUGGCGGGCUUGCUCAACCACCCGAGUACUGUACAGGACGAGCUGUAG